UUGAUCCCUUUUUGUGUCGGUUAGUCAAACAAGAAAGAAACCCUCAAGAAACCUCCUUCAAUAGUUCAAUUCCUUCUCUCCCUCACCAUUCCAAAUCCUUUAUUUAAUCAAAACCUCAUCAUAUUAAGAUCACAUCAACAAUAUCCACCAUCACAAAAAAAAAAUUGAUCUUCUCCCAAAAGAAAAAAAAAAUGGGGAAUUGUGUGUUCAAAGGGUUGCAAAAUGGUGUAUUGGAGGACAUGAUGGUGAAAGUAGUGACCUCAAAUGGUGGAAUCAUGGAACUAUACUCUCCCAUCACAGUUGAAUGCAUAACAAACGAGUUUCCGGGCCAUGGCAUUUUUCGCAGGUAUCAUAACAUGAUAUCAGAACCUCUGUCAAAUAGCGAAGAACUCCAUGGCGGCCAAAUAUACUACCUCCUACCUCUAAAUCCAACAUUAUUAUCUUCAUCAAGCAAAAUGGUACCUAUAACCGAAACCAAUAAUCCCAACAUAACACCAUAUAGAAUGUCCACGUGUGAAAAGAACACAAACCCUAACCCUAACAAUAACAAGAACACAUGGUGGGAACCUCAUGAGGUUCUUCCUAGGUACAACAACACGGGUGUGUGGAAGGUGAAGCUUGUAAUAAGCCCCGAGAAGCUGUCGGAGAUUCUUGCACAAGAUUCUAGGACCGAGGCGUUGAUAGAGAGUGUGAGGACGGUGGCGAAGUGCGGCAGCGGCGUUGCGCCGUCGUCGAUGAUGACCAACUCCGAUCAAUGGAGCGUGUGUAGUAGCAGUUGUAAAGGUUCUACAUUUGGUGUGGAUAGUUAAAAUUUAGCUUUACCUUUUUCAGUUUUUUUUAUUUAAUUAUUGUUAUUAUUGUUUAAUAACCCUAAUUAUUGUCUACUUUAUUUGCUUCUGUAGAUGAUAAAUAUUAGCUUUUAAUUUUUUUCUUCAUUUCUUUUUUAGGUAAAAAAAUUUUUGUUUGUGA